CAAAUUGCAGAGUAGGAAAAUCAAAUCAACCCGCAUGGUCCCGUGUAGCAUAUAAGCUUAAGUUUCUUCACACCGCAGGCAUUGCAAUUGCCUCUGCCUCUCAAUAUCUUCUCUCUCCCUGCUUGGUAUCACUUGCAAAAUCUACAGAGAGAGAGAAAAAUGGCCUUCGACAAGAUCAAAGUCGCCAACCCCAUCGUUGAGAUGGAUGGAGAUGAAAUGACUCGAGUUUUCUGGAAAUCAAUCAAGGAUAAGCUUAUUUUUCCAUUUCUGGAGUUGGAUAUAAAGUAUUUUGAUCUUGGGCUCCCUCAUCGUGACGCCACUGAUGAUAAGGUUACAGUUGAAAGUGCAGAAGCUACACUUAAGUACAAUGUAGCAAUCAAGUGUGCAACUAUUACUCCAGAUGAAGGUCGCAUGAAGGAAUUCGACUUGAAGCAAAUGUGGAAGAGUCCAAAUGGGACAAUUAGGAAUAUAUUGAAUGGCACCGUUUUCAGAGAACCAAUCAUUUGCAAAAACAUUCCCAGGCUUGUCCCAAGUUGGACAAAGCCAAUAUGCAUUGGAAGGCAUGCUUUUGGUGAUCAGUAUCGAGCAACUGAUACAGUGAUUAAAGGAGCUGGGAAACUCAAAUUGGUGUUUGUACCAGAAGGAAAAGAUGAAAAGACAGAGCUUGAGGUUUUCAACUUUACAGGUGCUGGAGGAGUAGCAUUGUCGAUGUAUAAUACUGAUGAGUCCAUUUAUGCUUUUGCUGAGGCUUCAAUGAACACUGCUUACCUAAAACAGUGGCCCCUUUAUCUUAGCACAAAAAAUACUAUUCUUAAGAAGUAUGAUGGGAGAUUCAAGGACAUAUUCCAAGAAGUUUAUGAGACCCAAUGGAAAUCAAAGUAUGAGGCUGCUGGGAUCUGGUAUGAACACCGUCUCAUUGAUGAUAUGGUUGCUUAUGCUCUCAAGAGUGAAGGAGGUUAUGUGUGGGCAUGCAAGAACUAUGAUGGAGAUGUACAGAGUGAUUUCUUAGCUCAAGGAUUCGGAUCUCUUGGUUUGAUGACAUCUGUGCUGGUUUGUCCAGAUGGAAAGACCAUAGAAGCUGAAGCUGCCCAUGGGACAGUGACACGUCAUUUCCGGGUUCAUCAGAAAGGAGGUGAAACCAGUACAAACAGCAUAGCCUCUAUCUUUGCUUGGUCACGAGGCCUUGCACACAGGGCAAAGUUGGAUGACAAUGCUAGACUCUUGGAUUUCACUGAGAAACUAGAAGCAGCUUGUGUUGGAACUGUGGAAUCUGGAAAGAUGACCAAGGAUCUUGCACUUCUUAUCCAUGGAUCUAAGGUGACGAGGGAUUGGUAUCUGAAUACUGAAGAGUUCAUCGAUGCUGUGGCAGCAGAGCUGACAGCAAAACUUUCUUGCUAAGCAUAAUUGGUGGUUUACACCUUUGAGUUCAAGACUGAAUAGGUUUCUCAUGUACUCUGGCCGAUGGCUAAGAAGAAAUAAAGGGGAGAGAGGGACAAAGAGGCGUGGGAAGGAGUUUAGUUGUGUUUGUACUUGAAAAUUUAAUAUUUCGGACAAUCCUCAUACUUGAAUUUCUCUGAUCUUUCAUUUUGGAUAAAAAUGUUUUUGUGGUACUUUUA